AGCGCUUUCUUUCACGUGACAAACCUUCGCGGACGACCUCAGCGAGAUCAGCUGCCCAGAACAAGGUUGGACGACCUCUCGAUCCCUAAACAACACAUGUCAAUCUUGACGGCUACUCCAACCCAUCAACCGUGAAUUAGACAUAGAAACAGAAACAGAAUUGGGAAAGCUUCAAAAUGACGGUCCGAAUAAGACUCGCUCGACACGGUCAAAAGAACACGCCGUUCUACCACAUCGUCGCCAUCAACGGUCGAAGACGGCGGGAUGCUCUCCCUAUCGAGAAACUAGGGGAAUACGACCCCAUCCCUCGGAUUCCAAGCACCUCGAUCACCACAUCAACUCCAUCCGCCUCGUCGUCAUCUUCGUCCUCGACCUCUUCCUCCCGCUUAGAGCCCCGCUCGGCCCCCAGCUUCAAUCCCUCCUUAGAAUCAAUGACGAUGAAAGCGCUCUUUGCCAACGGCCCAGUACCGGGAGUUCAGCCGGAGAAAAAGAUCGUUUGGAACACGGAGCGAAUCAAGUGGUGGUUAGCGAACGGAGCGCAACCUUCAGAGACUGUUGUGAAAUUGUUGGAAAAGGGAGGAGUCCUGACUGGCAACCAUAAAUGGAAGAUCCCCUACAAACGACCCAGUACCAAGCCGGCGGAAAAGACCGCCUAAGCCAGAGCAUAGAUCAACCGCUGGAGAAGCUGCUUGUACCAAUACCAUACUUCCAUCUUUACCCCUUUGUAGACUAUCUACGCACCUGGAUACGAUCGACCCAUACGUGCAUACAUCGAUCUCCCCAAGCGAUUCACAAAUUGGGUUUGGUGAUCAUCGACGAUCGGCUUGCUCAGAUCAAGCUUGAAAUCACUCCCAACGAUGAGCGAUCAAAUAUGAAAACGUUACAUGUCGCGCGAUCUC